AUGGCCGACUUUAUCACCAACUUUAAGAAAUUAUCACUCAGUGAUAUACCAGAAGCCAAAGAAGCUUCUUUUCCUGAAUUAUCCAACGAAGAAAAAGCAUUGUCAUCUCAGUAUGAAACUUUAUCUUCCAGAUUUGAUGAAGCUGAAAAUUUAUGGUCAUCUCCAGAAGAAGUUGCCAAAUUCAGACAUAUCUUGAGAUGGGCUGAUUUGAUUCAAAAUACUCUUGUUGAAGUACCAGAAGCUGAUCAAUUAAAGGUUGAUGUUAAUGCUAAAGUCGAUAAAGAAGUCAAAGAAAAGAAAAAACCAGCUGCCGCUGGUGCAGCUGCUCAAGGUGGUGAUAAAAAGGCCGAUAAGAAGGCUGACAAAAAAGCAGAUGCUGCUCCUGCUCAAAAAGGUGAACCAAGCGAAGAAGAAAAGGCUGCUAAAGCCGAAGCUGCUAAAGCUAAAAAGGCUGCCAAGGCUAAAGCUAAAGCUGAAUCUCAAGCUAAACAACAAGCUACUGCUGUUCCUCCAAAUCCUUCUUUGGUUGAUUUCAGAGUUGGUUUUAUUCAAAAAGCUGUCAAACAUCCAAAUGCCGAUUCUCUUUACAUGUCCACUAUUGAUAUGGGUGAUGAAGAAGGUCCAAGAACCGUUUGUUCUGGUUUAGUUAAAUACAUCCCAAUUGAAGAAAUGCAAGAAAGAUACGUUGUUUGUAUUGCAAACUUAAAACCAGUCACCAUGAGAGGUGUCAAAUCAUGUGCUAUGGUUUUAUGUGCUUCAAAUUCUGAAACUGUCGAAUUCGUUAACCCACCAGCUGGUUCUAAAGCCGGUGAUAAACUCUUCUUUGAAGGUUUCAAUGGUACUCCAGAAAAACAAUUAAAUCCAAAAAAGAAAGUUUGGGAAACUGUUCAAGAACAUUUCUCUACUUCUGAAGCUUUCGAAGUCACCUAUACCGAAGAAGGCAAAUCACCAGCUAGAUUGGUUAAUGAAAAAGGUGAAUUAUGUAAAAACUCUACUAUAGUCAAAGCUGAAGUUAAAUAAUCGCUCCCAUUCAUUUUUUAUGUUCAUAUAAAUAGAUCUCAUUUCAAUAUAGC